UACCUUUUUAUUGUAAUUAUUAAGUAUCCUUUAUCAAGCAAAUAUUAUUUUUAAUUUGAAAAAACAUUCAAAUUUAAAAUUUCUUCCGAGGACUCUUGAGCAUUUCAAAUUGUUAGUUUUGAGUUAAUCAGUCGCAUCAGGUGAACCCAUCUUUAACUCGAAAAUAGAAAGCAAUCCCCAUGCAAUUUUAGAAGAAAAUACAAAAUCUUUAAGAUUACACAAUUGCUACGAAAUAUGAGAACUCCAUGAUACUUAAAACUUUUUGGUGAAUAUCACUUGCAAUUUGAUAGAUGUUUAUCUGGACAAGAAUUUUAAAAUCUACAAGUUUAGAUGAAGAAGAUUAGAUGAAAAAGUGUAAAUAAAGUUACUAAAAUAUUAAAGGUACCAAUACUUAAAGUUAACCGUAAUUUUUUAUUCUUAAUUGCGCGGCUCAAAGCUAACAACUUUAGAAACAUUUCCUUUAAUCAACAAAAUUAUUUUGUUUCAAAUAAAUAUAUAGUUAGCAGUAUACAAAUAAAUUAUUUUUCUAAUGGAAUGAAAAUUUUCUGAUUUUAAUAAAAAUAAUUCUCUCAAUGUAGCGUCAAAUGGUCCACAACCAGUUUUAAAAAAUGGAAAAUUAUUUGGCCGUUAUCAUUGCAUUCAAAAUUCUUUUUAUAUAAAAAAGAAAUACAUAUUACAGAGAAGAAAUAAUUUACAAUUAUCUAAUUUUUCAGUUAUACACUUUGUAGCCCUAGUGGUAUACUUCAUAUGGAUAUCCAUACCCGAAAUUCUCGAUGUUAUAUCGCCCAUGAAUGACUCCCGUCCGCGAAUACAACCUAUUAAAGCUGAGUUCUUUAUCGAUGAGAAACGAUACUUUUACUUCAUUCGCUUCUAUGUAUUCAUCUUGAUUCUUACAAUGCAAAUAACUGGUAUUACCUAUCUCAUGAUAAGUUUGGCUUUUGUGCAACAUGUUUGCGGAAUGUGCGUGUUGCUCGGGUAAGAAAUGAUUCCUCACAAUUGUUUGCAAAGCAGCAGACAAUUUAUCGCAAAUAGCGCGCAGUUGGUCCAUUAACUAUUGAGUCUGGGGAUAGAGUUUCGCACAUGAUAAAUACAUUGAUUUUCUCUUCUUCAUUUGAAAAAAGUAUUUUUUCUCACGUUUUUAAACAUUUUUAUCAUAUUUCUUCUUGUAGAUAACAAUCAAAUAUUUCGCUUUUUUUCACUUUUUACAAGACAAAUAUUAUUAUUCAAGAUCAGUUACAUGAUACGAGUAACGUUGAUAAUUUUGACAGGUAUCGUGCGGAACGCUUAUUCUCCGUUGCUAAGAAGACGGCAAAAUCUGAUUUAAUACGAUCAAAAACAUAUUGCGGAAACAUCGCCGUUUUAGUACGGCUCCAUUACAACAUUAUGAAAUUCAUUGAUUUGAUCGAAAUUAGUCACACAAUGCCGUUUUUCAUGGAAACGGUGGGAUUAAUAUUUAUAACGAGUAUAGCAUUUAUGCAGAUACUAGUCAUUAAUGAUGUUGAACGAGCUUAUAGAUGUUUCUAUAUCAGUACUGCGGCAAUAGUGUGUCUAUUCCUGCUUAAUUUUUUGGGACAAAGAAUUACAGACGCGAACUUGAACGUGUACGAGAAACUAUAUAACUCUAUGUGGUACAAUGCAAAUAUUUCAGAGCAGAAAUUAUUAAUAUUAAUAUUGAAAAGACGCUUUUAUCCGACCGUUAUAACUGCUUGUAAGUUUUACGUCAUGUCCUUGCCAAAUUUUGGAAAGAUAUGUCAUACGAUACUUUCCUACUUCAUGUUUAUGAGACAACUCUGAGCACACUUCCAUCAGCAGUAAACGCAAAAAUAAGAAUAGAAAAUAUAGCCUUAGUCUACUAGCAUGUAGUCUACCUCAAUUUAUGUUAAUUCACGAGAGAACACGUUAGAGAUCUUGUAUUUAAAGUGUAAAAAAAAUUUAUUGGUGCUUUUGGCAGGUAGGUGUAUGCAUACAGAUGCAGUGUAACGAACGAAAAAUGUAAAUUUCCAAGAUACAUUGAUGAAAACUUUUGUAAAUUUCUUUUUUCAGAAAAAAAGUAGAUCCAAAUAUUCAAGAUAACGCUGAUGAAAUGUUAACUAGAAAACAUAGAGAUAAAUUAAAGUGUUUAUGUUAGUAUAUUGUAGUAAUAAUAAAAGAUAACACUUAAAAAUUAUCCAAUGUAAUAAUCUUGAGCAAUCCUAACAGCGCAUGAUAUCGCACGAAUAUACGUGCGACGUCACGACAUCGUACAACUAUUCGUAUAAUAUCAUGUAAUAUCAUAAUGUCUUAUUAGGGAAUAUUUAGAUAAUCGUAAGUUGAAUUGCGCGUAUUCUGAAAUCAAGAUAUAUAUUUUUCAUUGGGAAUCUGAUGAAUUCAUUCGCGCGUAAAAUUAUAGCGCUCGCAACAUCCUUCACAACUCGCGUUUGAUU